AGUCCCUUACUCCAAUUUUAUUGUGAAAAUUCUAUUGUCAGUGCUUUAUCAAAAAUUGUGAUAUUAUCCUUAAAUAAAGCAAAAUUUGUCAUCAAUUUAUUAACUAUACAUAUGUUAUUAUCAGUAUAAAAGAGAAAUUUCAUGGAUCGCGUGGCGUCACGUAAAUUUACAGCGCCGAGUUUCGAUAUGGACGAUGACUCGGAUUAUGCGAUGAUUAAACGGAUCAAAAUGGAACCUGAAGCAAUGUUAUCACAAGACGAUGAUAUAAUGGCACAAUUACAGCAAGAAAGUUCGGAUUUAGAGGUGGAACCGAGUUUUACUUUAGAGGGAACGACAAAUGGCGAUGAGGGAACUGAUGGUAUUUUAAUGCAGCAUAUGGACAUAAGGGAACCAUUAUCGAGGCUAAGGAGUCUCCUGGAGGAGAGACUUGGGGAGGAUUUAAAUGACUUUUCCUUCUGGUUGCAGGACACUCAAAUGUUGGAGUGUCACAAAAAUUUGGUGGAUCAGUGCGUCCAAGGAGAGGGUUUGGUGCAAGUAAAUGUUCAAAUUAGAUUUGCACAGAGACGUAUUAAUAUCGUCGAUGUUUUGAAACCAGCCGACGAUUAUGUGGAAUUAGUCGAUCACAGUCCUUCCACUACACCAGUAUCAGACAUGAAGAGUAAUGUCAUUAAGUGGACCAUCGAUCAUCAGUACAAAAAAGAGCAGGAGAGAUUGAAAAUUCCCUCGGAUCCAAGAGAUUGGACACAAACACAAGUGAAACACUGGCUCCAAUGGGCAGUGAGACAAUUUAAUUUACCUUCUUUAAAAUUGGCUGAUUGGAAUAUAAGCGGCGCACAACUUUGCAAUCUUACUCAUGACGAAUUCAAAACAAAAGUACCAACCGAUCCAGGAGAGGUUUUCUGGACACAUUUAGAGUUAUUAAGAAAAUGCAAAUUUGUCGCUGUCGUUCAAAAUGAUCCACCAUCAUCGCCCGAAGUGAAUUUGGAAGUAAUACCAAAAGUAAAAGCGCAAAAACAAGUGAAAUCGAGAAAUUUCCAUAAUCAAGUGUCGCGUGUCUAUAAUAUGCCAAUAGCAAAUAAUGCAGAAUCGCCAAUUACAUUGGCAAGUUCGAGUCGAAGUGUUAAUAGUGGUCAAAUACAAUUGUGGCAAUUUCUAUUGGAAUUACUGACUGAUCGUGAACAUGUUGGUGUGAUACAUUGGGUUGGAACCGAAGGUGAAUUUAAACUUAGUCAACCUGAAAUUGUUGCACAACUUUGGGGAAAGAGAAAGAAUAAGCCAACAAUGAAUUACGAAAAAUUGAGCAGAGCACUUCGUUAUUAUUACGAUGGCGAUAUGAUUUCAAAGGUACACGGUAAACGAUUUGUAUAUAAAUUUGUCUGUGACUUAAAAGACCUACUCGGCUAUUCAGCCGAAGAUUUAAGUCGUCUCGUCACCGAGGGCGCCGGAAGGUAUUAUAACGAUAAUUUUCAAUUUUAAAAUUGCCUAAAAACAAACAUUUUCCAUUUGUUUUUUUGUAAAUAUUUUAAUUUUUUCCGUAUUAGUUAUACUCGUUAAUAUUAAAUAUGUU